CGCUCCGGGUCCUCGGCCUCCGCGGCGCGUGAUGGCUCUGUCGGUGCCCGGCUACUCGCCCAGUUUCAAAAGGCCGCCAGAGACACUGCGACUCCGACGGAAAAGGGGCCGGAGCCUUGGGGCCGCCUCCCCGACCGAGGAGCGGUCCGAGCCAGCGACCCGCCGCGCCGUCCUGACGGCCGGGCUGCCCCUCCGCCCUUUCCCGGCAGCGGGCAGAGGCGGCGGCAGCCCGGCCGCGUCCCGAAGGAACCCCUUCGCCCGCCUGGACAACCGGCCUCGGGCCGCCGCCGCGCCUCCCAACGGGCAGUCCCGCGGCCAGCAGGAGGCGCCGGGCCCGUUUUUAGAUUCUAAUCAAGGAAAUGAUUUGCUAUGGGAAGAGAAGAUUCCUGAAAGAACAGCCAUUACUGAAUUACCCCAGACUCCUCAUGUAUCAUUCUCCGAAUCUGAUAUUCCAUCCUCAGAAAGUACUGAGUUACCUGUGGACUGGAGUAUUAAAACUCGACUCCUUUUCGCCUCUUCUCAACCCUUUACCUGGGCAGAUCAUUUGAAAGCACAGGAAGAGGCUCAAGGUGUCAUCCAGCAUUGUAGGGCAACAGAAGUUACUUUGCCUCAAAGUAUACAGGAUCCCAAACUCUCCACUGAGCUCCGUUGUGCCUUCCAGCAGAGCCUUAUCUAUUGGCUCCACCCUGCCUUGUCUUGGCUACCAUUGUUCCCUCGCAUUGGAGCUGACAGAAAAAUGGCUGGAAAGACAAACCCUUGGUCAAAUGAUGAAAACCUGCAACACAUUUUAAUGAGUGACUGGUCUGUGAGCUUUACUUCUCUAUAUAAUCUGCUGAAGACAAAACUUUGCCCCUAUUUCUACGUUUGUACCUAUCAGUUUACUCUCCUGUUCCGUGCAGCGGGAUUAGCAGGAGAUGAUGUAAUCACGGCUCUCAUCUCUCCUACAACUAGAGGUAUAAGGGAAGCUAUGAAAAACGAAGGUAUUGAAUUUUCUUUGCCUUUAAUAAAAGAAAGUGGCCAUGAGAAGAAGAAAGCGUCUGGAACAAGCUUGGGACAUGGGGAGGAGCAAGCAGUCAGCGAUGAGGAUGAAGAAGAAAGUUUUUCCUGGCUGGAAGAGAUGGGUGUGCAAGAUAAAAUUAAAAAACCAGAUGUACUUUCUUUCAAGCUGCGUAAAGAGAUACAUGAAGUACAAAUGGAUCACAGACCUGAGUCUGUUGCGUUGGUGAAGGGAACAAAUACCUUUACAUUGCUCAAUUUUUUGAUCAACUGUAAGAGUUUAAUUGCUACCUCAGGUCCCCAGGCAGGACUUCCACCAACCCUCUUAUCACCUAUAGCUUUCCAAGGCGCCACAAUGCAAAUGCUUAAGGCACGAAGUGUAAACAUGAAGACACAAGCUCCUUCUGGAUACAGAGAUCAAUUUAGUUUGGAGAUUACAGGUCCUAUCAUGCCUCAUUCUCUACAUUCCGUGACUAUGCUACUCAGAUCUUCACAGAGGGGGUCAUUUUCUGCAGGACUGUAUACACAUGAGCCAACUGCUGUAUUUAAUAUCUGCCCACCAAAGUAUAAAGCACUGGAUAAAGAGGCUGUCCAUCAGGAGCUUGCCAACUGUGGACUGCACCCUGAAACUCUGGACCACCUUAGUCAAACACCGAUACUGGGGAAGUCAUCUUUACGGCAUGUGGAAAUGAGUGACUACGUUUAUACUUGGAGAUCCUGAACACCAAAGUAAGCCUAAAAGGAAUCUUUGAGGAAAAAAGCCUUCUAGCAAGGAAAUUCAAGAUUCUUAUAUCUUUGGCUUUAAAGUUCACUUUGGAAGUUUAAAGGAAUAAAUAUAGCUUUAAAAACACCCAAAUGUUUACAAACAUUAACCUUUUACAAUACUUUUAUUACAUGCACUAAGCAGUAAAUAGGAUUAACGUUUCAAAAUCAACAUUUGUUUUUACUCUUUUGAUUAUUCAGAUAUGAAGAUAAACUUUUUAAAAACUUCAAAAACCUUGAAUGAAAAUUCUAGAUCCAUUAACCUAAUUAUAAAUUGGGUAGAAAACUGUUUCCUUGCAAAUGGAAAUUGAGGCUUAGUAUCAGUUAUCUCAUGCCAUUGUGACUGACAGCAUCAGGGCAAAACUAUCUUUAAACAAUUUCCUUAGGAUUGUUAUUAGCAAGUUCUAGUUUUAUAAAGGUAGAAAACAAAUGUAGGACAGUAUCUACUGAGCUGAUUGUUGACGCUUCCACCUUAGUUGUUUUCCUACCUGUUCACACUUCCUCUAUUCUCAAAAUACGUAUUGCUCGUUUUAAUGCAUGUUAACUCAGAUAAGGGUAUUUUGUAUUCCAUAUAGAAUAGGGUUAAGCGUUGUAAAGUAUGCUCAGCUGUCAUGACAAAGUAGUACUUAAUAUGUUCUUGUAGGUAUUUGUGUAUGUGCGUGUAUAUAUAUACAAUUCAAAUUUUCUUAAAUAAAAGUGCUUAGAAAUCAAAAGCAUUGGGUAAAGAAGUAACAGUAGUGAAGAAGUAUGUGUUCACUUUGUAAUCCAGAAAAUAAAACACCACAUUUAUUCCAGAGAAGUUUAUAUUUGGGCCUUAAGCUUUUGAAAAUAAAGUUUAGAGACAUAGCAUAUGAAUACCACUGUAAUACACAUGAAAUAAUUCUAUCAGACCCUAAAAAUUAACAUAAACUUUCUCAUAGUCAACAAAAUAGUGGCUGGGUGCCGAUUUUAUUAGAUAAGUUGGUUACAGCAUUUUAAUUAUCAUUUUACGUCUAUCUAGGUGUAGCUGAAAUUCAAAAUGCACAUCAAAGGAAAACUAUAUCACAACUCAAUGCCAUACUAAAUGUACUUGGCCUCUGCAGUAAAAUUCUAGUCAGACUUCAUUUUAACUCCCUUCUCAUUCAUGGCCCAAGUGGCUUUUGACAGAAACGCAGGACUUGGUGCUGAUCACACAACAUACCACUUUCUUUUUUAUAACCUCUACAAAAUUUAAAGGGGAUACGGUGGCGUUAGCCCUGUGGAACAGAUCUUGCUUGAUUACCUCAAUAACACUGGCCCAGUAUCUGUCCAGCAGAACCCACUGUGAACCAGUACAAGGUGCACAGCCCUUCACUGAUUACAGGCAAGUGUUACAGCAGCCUAGCCAUAAGGGGAGUUGACAUCAUAGUACAAAAUACAGUAUAAAAGCGUUAUUUAACAUUCCACACUGAAGAUUACGGAUGCCUUCAAACAAUCGUUUGGA